AGGCGGUCAGGGGGCUUGGCUUCAAAGUCCGCGUCGCUAUAAAAAGCCGUGUUCAACUUUGCACUCCCUCACUCUCACCUGGAGUCGCAGGACAGAUUCAGGCAUCUCACAAACGAGGACUUACUCAACUCAAGCAAAAUGGUGAAAGUCGGUAUUAACGGAUUCGGCCGCAUUGGUCGUCUGGUGACCCGUGCUGCUUUCCACUCCAAGAAGGUGGAGAUUGUGGCCAUCAAUGACCCCUUCAUCGACCUGGAAUACAUGGUCUACAUGUUCAAGUAUGACUCCACCCACGGCCGCUACCACGGUGAGGUCAAGGUUGAGGGUGACAAGCUGGUCAUCGACGGACACAAGAUCACCGUGUUCCACGAGAGGGACCCCGCUAACAUCAAAUGGGGCGAUGCUGGUGCCCAGUACGUGGUCGAGUCCACUGGUGUUUUCACCACCAUCGAGAAGGCCUCCACCCACUUGAAGGGCGGCGCCAAGAGAGUCAUCAUCUCGGCACCCAGCGCCGACGCACCCAUGUUUGUCAUGGGGGUCAACCACGAGAAGUACGACAACUCCCUCAAGGUUGUCAGCAACGCUUCCUGCACAACCAACUGCCUGGCCCCGCUGGCCAAGGUCAUCAACGACAACUUUGGCAUCAUUGAAGGCCUGAUGAGCACAGUUCACGCCAUCACCGCCACCCAGAAGACUGUGGAUGGCCCCUCGGGCAAGCUGUGGAGGGACGGCCGCGGUGCCAGCCAGAACAUCAUCCCCGCUUCCACCGGCGCUGCCAAAGCUGUCGGCAAGGUCAUCCCUGAGCUGAACGGCAAGCUGACCGGCAUGGCCUUCCGUGUGCCCACCCCCAACGUGUCCGUGGUGGACCUCACUGUCCGUCUGGAGAAACCCGCCAAGUACGAUGACAUCAAGAAGGUGGUGAAGGCUGCCGCUGAAGGACCCAUGAAGGGCGUUCUGGGAUACACGGACCACCAGGUUGUGUCCACAGACUUCAACGGCGACACCCACUCCUCCAUCUUUGAUGCUGGCGCUGGCAUCGCCCUCAACGACCACUUUGUCAAGCUGGUCACUUGGUACGACAAUGAGUUUGGCUACAGCAACCGCGUGUGCGACCUGAUGGCCCACAUGGCUUCCAAGGAGUAGAUUUACUCGGGCGACUGCACCUUGCCACAUUCUCCACAUCAGGGUUCCACAUGUACAAUAACAAAAAAAAAAGGUUUAACACUGUACACAUGGAGCUCUGGCUUGUUGCGUUUACUAGACGAAAGAAACCCUCUGCCUGGGAAGAGAAUCCCCCCCACCUAUCCACAGAUCACAAAGGAAUGAUUUGUAAAGAUUUCCCUCUCUGAAAUGUCCUGUUCUGCGUUUGUGAGGAGGUGUUGAGUGUCUGUGGUGCUGCAGCAAUGCAGUUGGCGGAGAAAUAAAAAGUCCUCUUUGUGAGA